AUGACGGUGGAUACAACACCUUCUUUACAAGCUAUUAUUUUCCAUCAAAUGUUGUUUCUUUUCUCCGGGUUUUUUCAAACUUUGGGGGCACAAUAUUUAUAUUAUCAAGGGGCUGCCACUGGAACUAGUCUUCUCACGAAUACUGCCUCUUAUUUAGGCAUGGCCUCGGUGGGUUUACUUCUAUUACCGACAGGAUGGACGAAUAUAAUACGUCGUGAACCUUUUAUCAAUGGUUCUUCUGGAACAGAGAUUGACAUGGUUGCCAUGGGUGCAGUCCAGAUGUUUCAAGUGAUUUACAGUUCAGUUGUUGUGUGGUGUGCAAUAUUAUCCUUUUUUUUCCUUCGACGAAAAAUCUCGUGGGUACAAUGGCUUUGUAUAGUUGGUGUAUCUUUUGGCUUGGGGAUCAGUGCAAUUGGUAUCGAGCAUAAUGAUCAAGGAGAACAUCAUAAAGCUCCACCGCCGACUACGACAAUAUCUGGUCCAGUAUUGCUUCAUUCAUUUAAUUUAUCAUCGACCGGAUUUGGGACGAUACUCACGUUUGUCGCAACCUUUGGAUAUUCUUGCGUCUACGUAUUAUCCGACAAAAUUCUAUCAACUAAAAGUCACACGAGCACAAAUCCACCAUCACCGGAAAAAACGUGUUUUCUUAUUGGAAGUUGCUGCAGUGUUUUCUCAUCCAUCUAUCUACUUUUUUACACGAUUCCAAAUUGGGAUAAACUGGUGACGCAAGAGAUGGUCGCGAAAAAAUCGAACAUUACGGUUUCGGUGAUUGUCAUCAUCUAUGCACUCUUGAUCUUUGCCGCUUUCAUUCAUAAUUUCGCGUACUUUUCUCUGAUGCAAUCCACCGGGAAUAUCUCAACGGGGUUAUUGAAUUCGCUGAGAGCGAUCGUGGUAUUCGGAUUAAGUCAUUUCAUGUUUUGUAAGAUUGAUCAAGGACAAUGUUUUAAUAUUUGGAAAGGGUGGAGCGCUUUAGUCGUUAUUGGGUGUGUUACGCCAAAGGCAAACGCCAAAGAUGCCAUCGUUCGUCUGCGUGAUACUCUAAGCAUGUUGGAGAAACGUGAAAACCAUUUGCAGAGUAAAAUUGACGCAGAACUUGAGAUUGCUAAGAAAAAUGCUACCGGAAAUAGGAGAGCCGCAUUGAUGGCACUCAAACGGAAGAAGCAAUACGAGAGUCAAAUCGAAAAGAUAUCCGGUGCACGUCUAACAAUUGAGACCCAAGUGAUGGCGAUUGAAAAUGCAAAUGUUAAUCUAGAGACUAUCAAAGCUAUGGAAAAGGGUGCUGAGGCAAUGAAAACAAUACAUGGAUCGAUGGAUAUUGACAAAGUGGACGACACAAUGGAAUCGAUACGCGAACAAAUGGACUUGGCAGAUGAAAUAUCGAAUGCAAUUUCUGCACCGCUGGCGGGUAUAGAUAUGGAUGACGAUGAAUUGACAGCUGAGCUAGAAGAAUUAGAACAAGCAGCCCUGGAUAAUGAAUUAUUACGUGGAGGCGCAAUUCCUGCUACAGUUCCAAAUGUUCCAAUUGGCGAACCAGGAGUUAAGUCGCGACCGAGGGAGGAAAUCGAGGAAGAUGCAGAAUUAGAAGAUUUACGAGCGGCGAUGGCAUUUGUUCUUGCUCCUAUAACGUUCGCGGAAAAUCUACAAAAAGUUGAAGGGCGGCUAGUCACAAAUCAUGUGUUAACUGAGUUAGCAAACCUAGAACCAACGACUCGAGUAGUGCUGUAUGGAGGAAAAGGAUAUUCUGCUCUAGUUCGCGAAGACGGCAAAUUUGUAAUAGAUAAUGUCGCGCCGGGAUCAUAUCUACUGGAUGUUUUGUCACGGAAAUAUAUAUAUCCUAAGUUAAGAGUAGAUGUGAGUGGCAUGGGAGUAACACCAUUCAUUACCAUGCCUGGUUUCGAAUGGGGAAGUUUAGGCCCGGCAGUACCAUAUCCAUUAGAAUUAGCACCAAGAGACGUCACUAAAUACUUUAUAGCACGAGAAGGGUUCAGCAUCGCUAGCAUCUUUGCAAAUCCAUUGCUAAUAAUGAUGGGACUUAGUGUGCUAAUGCUCUUUGUUAUGCCAAAGAUGAUGGCGAAUUUAGAUCCCGAAGAAUUGGAGCAAAUGAAAAAGAAUCAGCCCGCUAUUAAUCCUCUAGAGCAACUACCUGAUAUUUCGAGCACUUUGGCAAACUGGGGAAAAGAUAAAGGGAAUAAAAAAUAA